AUGGGUAUACAAAGAAAGCCCCAAAAAAGUCUAAUGGAGCUGAUAGAGAACCAACCCGGGAAAAGUGCACCGGGGAGAUCUGCACAAUCUCAAAUUCCUCCUCCUCCCACUAAGUCUCCUCCUCCUGCUCGACAGCAACCUCCUCAGCCGGUCAGAGUUGAAGCUGUUGACUUGAAAAGGCGAAGGGAACAGAAGGGAAAGGGCAUGGUUAUCCAAAACACUUUUAGACUGGAUGAGAUACUCAAUAACUGCUACAAUCAGUUAAAGGAUGAAAUGAAAAAACGGGUGUCUGCCGUGCAAACUCUAACCAUAUCGGAGCACGACCUGGCCGAAGUGAGGAGAAAAUUAACUAUUGAGGAGCAAGCUCGCCGUAGCGCUGACUUGGCCUUGGAAGGUGCACAAAGGCAAGCUGAGGACCAGAGGAAGAGCCUACACGAAGCAAAUGAAGAGUUGAAGGCUGCCAAGGAACAAAUGGCAGCCCUUAAAAAGCAGUUGGAGGAAGCCCAAAGGUUAAAAGACCAGGAUGAGAAAUCCAGGGAGGAGGCUGUGAAGGCAAAGGUUGAGGUCGAGCAGGCAACGAAUGUGGCCGAACAGAAAGGUUACGACCUCGGUGUAGCUGAGAUCGAGGAAACCCUUAGGGCAGAGGUCCCAGUGUUAAGGAAGGCAAAGAAUGUGUUCUACCCUCCUGCAAUUCGAAUCUCGAAUCCUCCUUCCACUCAAGUCAAAGUGACUUCCAAAACUACUGAUCCAAAUCCAGAAGAAUCGCUUCAAGAUCCUCCUCCUCCCAGCCAACAAGAACCAGCCAAAGAGGCCAGUGCUUCCCAAGUAGCACCCCUGGAUAAAGUUGCAGCCAUUCCAGAUGCUGAGGUAGCUUCUCAAGGCUUUCAGCAAGAUUUGGCUUCUAUAGUCAUGCCAGCUGAGGGAGCUGCUAAGGGCAAAGAAGGAGUAACUACCUCGGAGGCUGAGAAACCGGCAAACCAAACUUCCAAGCUCCAAAUUAAGUUGAAAAAAUAG